ACCCAAUCACAGCCGUCCAUCUCCCAUCGAUCCAAUGCUCCAUACUCCAUGUCCCCGUUCCCCUCGCCGCGCGCCUUCUCACCCCAAAAUUUCCCUCUCCCCCGCCCACCGUCUCCCCCAUUUAACCCCGCCGCCUCCUCUGCUCAUCUCAUCGCUCCACCAAACCCAAAACCAACAACGCCGGCGAAGCAUCCAGUCCCAGACCCCGCCGCUCCGAUGGCCCGCACGAAGCAGACGGCGCGCAAGUCCACCGGCGGCAAGGCUCCGCGGAAGCAGCUGGCGACCAAGGCGGUGCGGAAGUCGGCCCCGGCCACCGGCGGCGUGAAGAAGCCCCACCGCUUCCGCCCGGGGACCGUCGCGCUGCGCGAGAUCCGCAAGUACCAGAAGAGCACGGAGCUGCUCAUCCGCAAGCUCCCCUUCCAGCGCCUCGUCCGGGAGAUCGCGCUGGACUUCAAGACGGACCUCCGCUUCCAGAGCUCCGCCGUGUCGGCGCUGCAGGAGGCCACCGAGGCGUACCUCGUCGGUCUAUUCGAGGACACCAACCUCUGCGCCAUCCAUGCUGAAAUCUGAGAUGGGCUCUAGGCC